GAGAAGGGGUCGGUUGAUGCCGCAGCCGCGCCGCAGCAGACGGAGAUACCUCGGCCCAAAGCGGUCGAGGAGCGAACAGGAGAGCGGGGGACAACUACGGAUAAUGUUGCGCCCCCACUCGUGGAAGAUAGCUCGGGGACGCGCGCCUCAGUCGUGAUCGAAGUGUCCGACGCCGAGGAACCGGCGGCGACGCGACUCGGGGGCCGGUCCUUGGCCAGGGCGAGAUCGCGUCCGAGGAGGGCACGCGAGCGAAGGCGAGGAGAGACGCAUCCACGGGGGCGGCACUCGAAGUGCCGGCCGACAACUCCACCGACGCUACCGACGCUGCUACUGACACCCCUGCCAUCCUUGGAAUUGCGGCAACGACGCUAGUGGUGGGGGGUCCUCCUCCCUCGUCGAUCGAUGCCACCGCUGCCUCGGCGACCACGCCCGUGGCGACUGCGGCGGUGGUGGUCCCGCCGCCCUACCCUCCUGAGGACACAAGCGGCGCUAACCCAGUGGGCGGUGGGGCCGGUGCUGAGGAGGCGACAGAGGGGACCAUCCCCGGGGAGUGCAGCGAACCCUCCACGCCAGGACCCAGUCAGUUCCUCACGCCCUUCUCCUUCAGCAGGAGUACAAGCGUGCCGAACCCAAUCCGGUUCUUUGCCCCGGAUGCCCCCGACACGCCAUUCUUCGAGCUGGACGACGACGUCGAGCUGGCCAACUGGGAUGCACUGGAGAGAGGAGGACGGCAACUCAUCACGACGAUCCGUGAUGUCCUUCUCCCGCAAGCGCGCGGUUUAAACAAACAAGCCUGGGGAAGUCCGGGUUCAUUCGUGAGGAGCGGGGAGUCUGGGACGAGCUCCGCCGCGAAUCGGAGCGGCGCCGGCGUUUCUCCGAGUAGCUGGUCCGAACUCGUCGGGAAUUCGCAGCCGAAGGAGAGAGGCUGAAGAAGACUCUCGCCGCAAGCGCCGAUGAGAGGCAGAGCCAGCUCGCCUGGGAACUAGCUAUCACCAAGCAGGCGCUCAUGGUGGAGCGGGAGCGCCACACGGAGACGGCGAGGAAUGCCACCGCCUCGUGGAAUCAGGCGCUAGAGAAAAUCGCUGCAGACGCGGCGGACUUAAAGAGAGUCCGUAGUCUUCGGGACCGCUACUAUCAAGAGCAGAACGAGGAGCGCGAAAAGAUCAAACAGCUCGAGGGGGAUCUGGAGGUCGCUAAGGCGACAGUGGCUCUGCAGUCCCAGGAGCUCCGAGACAAGGAGGUGCUCGCCGAGCAAAGCGCGGCAGAGAUCCGCCGCCUUGACGGAGAGCUCGCUCAGGAGAAAAGGGCGUGUUCCGAGGCUCAAACGGCCGCCAACGUCCGAAGUGGGGAGCUCACCGCCCUUCAGUCCGCCACCGGACUUCUCAUCGAGGAGCUCGGCGCGAAGACUUUCGCGGAGUUCAACGCCGCGACGGUAGCCGGCCAAAUAGCCAUCCUCGGAGAUGUUCCGGCGGUGGUGAAGGAGGCGAAGGCCGCUGAAGCUGCGCGCGCAAUCCUCUUCGGGGCGGAGGAGACCCUGGCGAUCGCGCGGUCGCAUUACGACACCUUCGCCCUACAGGAGGUGAGCGAAGGGUUCGCGCGGGGCUAUACACCAGAGCAGAUGGACGAGAUCGCCGAACUGGUGAAACCUUUCGCCGAGCGCCUGGCCGGCCACCUGUAGGAGUCCUUCACCGCCGAGGCCGACGACGAGAAGAGCGACCUCGCUGAGAGCCCAAGGCAAGAUAGUUAGGUCAGCUAAGGCUGUCCACAACGGCAAGAGCAAAUUUGUUCCUCCUCCUCGUUUCCCACGCCCCCUCACAUAUUUACUGUCUAUAGUGCGUCUACAGUGCCAAACAGUACAUUUACUCCUUCAUUUGCUCUCUCCACUGUGGACGGUCUUAGGGCGGAGCCUCGGUGGCUAGACUUGUAAAUAAAACAAGUUUAUUUAUCAAUGUAUGAUAUUCGAAGUUCGCUAA